AUGCAAUGCAGAUUUAAAAAUAAACCCUGUUUAGAGACACAAUGCAAGGGCCGAAACCACAAUGUUCUAGGGACACAAUGCAAGGGCCGAAACCACAAUGUUCUAGGGACACAGUGCAAUGGCCGAAACCACAAUGUUCUAGGGACACAAUGCAAGGGCCGAAACCACAAUGUUCUAGGGACACAAUGCAAGGGCCGAAAACACAAUGGUCUAGAGACACAAUGCAAGGGCCGAAACCACAAUGUUCUUGAGACACAGUGCAAGGGCCGAUAUCACAAUGUUCUAGAAACACAAUGCAAGGGCCGAAACCACAAUUUUCUAAGGACACAGUGCAAGGGCCGAAACCACAAUGUUCUAGAGAUACAAUGCAAGGGCCGAAACCACAAUGUUCUAGGGACACAAUGCAAGGGCCGAAACCACAAUGUUCUAGAGACACAAUGCAAGGGCCGAAACCACAAUGUUCUAGGGACACAAUGCAAGGGCCGAAACCACAAUGUUCUUGAGACACAAUGCAAUGGCCGAAACCACAAUGUUCUAGAGAAACAAUUCAAGGGCCGAAACCACAAUGUUCUAGGGACACAGUGCAAGGGCCGAAACCACAAUGUUCUAGGGACACAAUGCAAGGGCCGAAACCACAAUGUUCUAGGGACACAAUGCAAGGGCCGAAAACACAAUGGUCUAGAGACACAAUGCAAGGGCCGAAACCACAAUGUUCUUGAGACACAGUGCAAGGGCCGAAAUCACAAUGUUCUAGAAACACAAUGCAAGGGCCGAAACCACAAUGUUCUAAGGACACAGUGCAAGGGCCGAAACCACAAUGUUCUAGAGAUACAAUGCAAGGGCCGAAACCACAAUGUUCUAGGGACACAAUGCAAGGGCCGAAACCACAAUGUUCUAGAGACACAAUGCAAGGGCCGAAACCACAAUGUUCUAGGGACACAAUGCAAGGGCCGAAACCACAAUGUUCUUGAGACACAAUGCAAUGGCCGAAACCACAAUGUUCUAGAGAAACAAUUCAAGGGCCGAAACCACAAUGUUCUAGGGACACAAUGCAAGGGCCGAAACCACAAUGUUCUAGGGACACAAUGCAAGGGCCGAAAACACAAUGUUCUAGGGACACAGUGCAAGGGUCGAAAACACAAUGUUCUAGAGACACAAUGCAAGGGCCGAAACCACAAUGUUCUUGAGACACAAUGCAAGGGCCGAAACCACAAUGUUCUAGAAACACAAUGCAAGGGCCGAAACCACAAUGUUCUAAAGACACAGUGCAAGGGCCGAAACCACAAUGUUCUAAAGACACAGUGCAACGGCCGAAACCACAAUGUUCUAGAGACACAAUGCAAUGGCCGAAACCACAAUGUUCUAGGGACACAAUGCAAGGGCCGAAACCACAAUGUUCUAGAGACACAAUGA